AUGCAGUCAGGCCCCUACAUACGGGCCUUCGAGUUGCAGACUUUCAAAGACGCGAACGGGUGUUGCACCAGCGUCAGGAGGUUUGCGGCUCAGGGCCUGAAGCUACAAGGCUACACGAAGGCUGCGGCGGCCAUCCAGAAUGCCAUCCACGGUGAGAAAAAAAAGCCCCACCGCCCAGACAUCACCGAAUUGUUUGCUUCAAGACGGUGGAUGGAGUUGAACCCGGCGAGGAACCAGAAGCCGUGA